AUGGAACUGGUCCUGUGGCACGACGGCCUUGGCAGCGACGAUGACGCAGCGACCGACGAAGAGUCAGCGGCGCGUGUCUUGUACUUCUUCCCGCCUCGAGCCUGCGCCGACCAGCUCAACGUGCUCCAAUUGCUCCAGGGCGCCCACGCCUUCGCGUCCAGCUUUGGCGCUGCAGCCGCCGACGACGCGACGCAUGUCCAGCUCACGACAAUGCGCUACUGCUAUCGCCGCUGUGAGUCGCACGUGUGGAUUGCGCUCGGCGUACAGACGCGCGACGACGACGCGGCCGCAUGCAGCGAAGCAGCAAUGGAGGCCGCAGUCCAUCAGCUCUACGCGACGUUCCGGCUCUUCUACGGCAGCAUUGAAGCGCGCCUCGCCACGCAUCGCGCGGGAACAUCGGGCAUGGACGUUUUGAAGCAAAUUGGGGCGUCGCGCAAGCUGCUUCGCAAAGCCUCCUCGCGGGUGCUGCAGGUGCGGGAUGACGCCGACUCGACCGCGCUCCACGCAGCGCACGAGACGGUCGAAAGCCUCCGCGUCUCGCUUGCGCAGCUUGAAGACACCUCUCCGAUCCACGAGUUUCGCCGCGUGUGCGCCGACUUUUUUCCUGUCUUUGCCCAUGCGCUCGGUCUCGACGAGCAGGUGUCGUGCUUUACCGAUCUCCACGGGCUGAUGUACUAUCUUGAAAACAAACACCUGCAGCUACGCUUCCAGCUGCUUCUCCAGAGUCUCUCGACCGAGAUUCCCGCGAUCGUGUCGGCGGCCGCCUUUGUCCACGGACAACUUGUCUGGACGCAGCUGCCCUUUGAGCAGCUGACAUUGCUCUACACGGUACUUCGCCUCCGCGAGCAAGAGGGCCAUGUGCGCGCGCACCCAGCGUCGCCGACGUCACUUUGGAUGGAUCAGACGCACACCGCCGACUUUUCGCCCGUGUGGGCCAGUAAGCAAGCCUACGCCGAGGUCAGCGGAAGUCCAAGUCCGCUCCUGAAGCGCCGACCGAGUGCGCGCGAGUACUUGGCCGAAGUCACCAAUUCGUUCAAGGCGCCGAGCACUGCUGUCAACCACGGCUUUCAGUGCGUCGACGGGACGUAUGCACUGCUUGGGGCAAAGGAGCUUUGGGCGCCCGCCAUCUCUGUGAACGAGAAGACAUGUCAUCUUGUCGUGUGGCAGGAGCUGGUCGUCACCUCGGUCUUUGUCGUGGACGCAAGUAAUGCGGCUGCGCUCUCACUCGUGUGUGGUGCGCUGCAGGACGCUCUCGACGGACAUGCGCACGUGCGAGAAGCUUCGCGCCGCACGGCGUCGCCUCCCGUUGCGUCGGUCUGGCCGUUCGUCCAUAUGAACCGCAUGACGAUGGGCGUGCAGCUCCACAACCUCGCCAAAUUGCGCGGUAAAUCCCGGGACGAAGCUGUCAUGCCGCUGCGACUCACGGCAACCAGUGUGCCUCGACCGCUGCUGGACGUCCUCAACCACGCCCACGCUGAGAUAGCUGCGCACGCGGCGCUGCUCGAUGUGUGCGUUCAGACGCCAGGCGACGGCUGGGUCGUCGCGCGGCGAUCGGGAAGUGUCGGCAGAGAGCUGUACGCGUUCUUCGAUGCGAGUGUCGAGACGCUUGGCGACUUGAGCAAGAGCAUGACCGAGCUCAUCCUCCACGACUUUGAGAGCACGUUCAUGUAG